AUGACAAACUUAGAAAACAUCUGCGGUAAAUUUAACUCUUCAAUAGAGAAUAUGAAACUUAUAGUAUGUAACGAACUUCAAAGUAUAGAUACAACAAAGGUUUUAAACUCAGAUGCUUUGAAGAGUCUUAUAACAGACAAAGUUGGAGUUGUUGAAAGAAAAUAUAAAGACCAAAGAGUUUGUGAAAAUGUUGCAAAUUUCAUCAUGGUUUCAAACAAUGUUGUUCCGAUGAAGUUAGAAAGUUCUGACAGAAGAUAUGUAGUUGUCAGAACGUCAGAUUCUCAUAUGCAAGAUACAGAAUAUUUUGACGACUUAGCAGAAACUUUGACACCUAACUUUUACAACCACUUGUUCUCAUAUUUCAUGACAUUAGAUAUUUCAAAGUUCAAUCCAAGACAAAUUCCACAUACCGAAGAGAGACAAACAUUGUUAGAAGCAAACAAGAGUGUAUAUGAACUGUUUAUAGAUGAGACUAACUUUGAGUGUUUAGAUGAAAGGUCAUUGUACGAUGAAUAUAAACAAUAUUGUCAAGAAUAUGGUUAUAUGGCAGCGUCUAAACGAACAUUCUUGGCAAAUGUCAAAAAUCUUUUAGACAUACAGAACGGCGUAUAUACAAAGAAAAAUUUUUCUGAGUAA